AUGGAAAAGGCCACGAAAAUCCAGAACAGCGAUCCUUUAAAAUCGCUUCGCUCUUCUAUUGCAUUUUAUGUCGGAAAGAUUACGGAAAACGAGAAUGGGGUCACCGAAAUUAAAGAAACCAUCCAAGAGAUGAAAACUCAUUUGGCCAAUAUGGACACAACGCUGCAAAACCUGACAACAGAGCUGACGAAUACACAAACUCAAGUUGGAAGCGAUCAAAACAAUACAAAAGCAGAAAUCCAGGCCCUCAAAAUCCACGAGUUUGAAACAAAAAUAAAGCAAAUCAACAAAGAAAUAACCGCGCUAAAAUCUUGUGCUUGCCCUGAUUCUUGGAAAACACAGACCAGUUCCACCGUCCCUCCCGCUGGACUGGGUACGAGCACAAUGCAAGAUCCGUAUAAAAUAGCCACAAAAAAACGACUUGCAACCCACCGUCCUUCCUGCUGGACCGGGUACGGGCACAAUGCAAGAUCCGUAUAAAAUAGCCACAACAAACGACUUGCAACCCACCGGCCUUCCUGCUGGAUCGGGUACGAGCGCAAUGCAAGAUCCGUAUAAAAUAGCCACAACAAAUGACUUGCAACCCACCGUCCUUCCUGCUGGACCGGGUACGGGCACAAUGCAAGAUCCGUAUAAAAUAGCCACAGUAAAUGACUUGCAAAAGUUACGCACUGUGUGGGGAAGUAAUACUGGCAAAUAUUUCAUCGUCACACAAGACAUCGACUUAUCUUCUAUUGCAAAUUUUACUUCUUUGCCAGACUUUAACGGCACUUUGGAUGGGAAUAAUAAAAAGAUCUUGAAUCUAAGGAUAGAUCGGUACUAUGCAAGUUUGUUUCAACAAAUUGGCCAAGGUGGGGUAGUGAAAAACCUAGGCUUUGAAAACGUAGCGAUUAAAGGCAAUAGAGGCGCAGCCGCAUUGGCAACAUAUAAUUACGGCACAGUAGACAACUGCUAUGUCACAGGCCAGGUUUCCUGCUCAGCCAAAUACGGUCACUCAGGAGGUCUGGUCUUAUAUAGCUCGACAGGAUCCAUCAUCAAAAACAGCUACUCCACGGCCAGGGUUUCAGGGAGCUAUUAUUCUGGGGGUUUGGUUGCAGUUAUGAAUAAAGCCACCGUAGAAAACAGCUACUCAUCAGGAUCGGUUUCAACUGUGGACAGUGGAGCUGGGGGCUUGGUGGCAAGCAUGACUGGUGGAGUGAUCAGACAAAGUUAUGCCACCGGAUCGGUCUCAGGAAAGUAUGUUGUUGGUGGACUGGUAGGAUUGGUUAAUAAUCCUGAAUCCAUCAUAGAAAACAGCUACUCGUCAGGAUCGGUUUCGGCCUUAGGAAUGGCAGGUGGUUUGGUGGGAAAUCUUAGCGGUAAAAUCAAAAACAGCUACUCAUCAGGAUCGGUUGUAUCAAAACAAUCCAGAGUCAACAGACUCGGCGUAUUGGCAGGUGAAUAUGGUAGUGAGGGCACUAUCAUCAAAAGCUUUGGCAAAAGUCAAUCAGGCGUCUCGAAUACGCGAGGACAAAAAACUGACGCUGAGUUAAAAGAUCCCUCUACUUUUUCAAGCUGGGAUAAAAACAUCUGGAAAAUUGAAUCUGGAAAGUAUCCCAAAUUAAAAGUUUUUUUGAAUUAG